CGCCGCUGCCGGAAGUGAUACCGCACGCCAUGGGCGGCAUGGCGCCCACGACCGACUUCCCGUCUCUUCCAGUCUCUUCCUCGCGCGACAGCCACAAUGCCGCCUAAAAAGGAUACGAAGGGUUCCUCUAAGCAACCUCAGAAGACCCAGAAGAAGAAGGAAGGUGGAUCUGGGGGAAAGGCUAAGAAGAAGAAGUGGUCCAAGGGAAAAGUACGCGACAAGUUAAACAAUCAAGUGCUCUUCGAUAAGCCGACGUAUGAGAAACUGUUGAAAGAAGUACCGCAGUACAAACUGAUCACGCCCUCGAUCGUCAGCGAAAGGUUGAAGAUCAGGGGAUCUCUCGCCAGACGGGCGCUGAUAGAACUCCAGCAGAAAGGCUUGAUUAAGCAAGUCGUGCAACAUCAUGCGCAACUUAUCUACACACGUACUACUAAGGGAGAUGAUCCGGCGGUAUAAUAUGUAAACCAUCGAUUUAAUAAAAAAAAACUAUAAAAGUCAAAAUAAUUCUCUCUA